CAGCCAUGUAGUGGAUGGCUUUCACAAUCAAUAUAAUAAUAAUAACCUUUCACUUCUUUCUUAACCAGGUAAAUGAAGAUUCCAUGCAGCUACCUCUUAGAUGCAGUAAAGAACCAAUAAUAUAAGAAGAAGUCCUUUCAAGGUGAUGAUCUUGCAGAAUUCUUGAACUCACAGAUAAGAAAGGAAAAUACGAAGAGUCAAGCAUCCGAAUAACAAUUACACACUCAUAUCACUCUUGAUAUGGAGGAGAGAGCAUUUAAGUGCCUGGAGUGUGGGACGAAUUUUACUUGGAGGGAUGAUCUGCAGCAGCAUGAAAGAACUUCUACUGGAGAGAAUCCCUACAAAUGCCUGGAGUGUGGAAAGAGCUUUGCUCAAAGUCCAGGUCUACAUUUGAAUCAAAAGACUCACACUGGGGAGGAAACAUACACAUGGUUGGAAUGUGGGAUAAACUUCACCCACAGUUCAAGUCUACUAUUGCAUCAAAGGACUCACACUGAGGAGAAACCCUAUAAAUGCCUGGAGUGUGGAAAGAGUUUCUCUCGGAGUGAAAAUCUACAUUCACAUCAAAGGACUCACACUGGGGAGAAACCCUAUAAAUGCCUGGAGUGUGGAAAGAGUUUCUCUCGGAGUGAUCAUCUACAUUCACAUCAAAGGACUCACACUGGGGAGAAACCCUAUAAAUGCCUGGAGUGCGGAAACAGCUUCACUGAGAAUGGAACUCUACGUUCACACCAGAAGAUUCACACUGAGGAGAAACCUUAUACAUGCCUGGAGUGUGGAAAGAGUUUCUCUCAGAGUAAACUUCUACGUUCACAUCAAAGGACUCACACUGGGGAGAAACCCUUUAAGUGCCUGGAGUGUGGACAGAGCUUCAUUCACAGUGGAAAUCUACAAUCACAUCAGAGGACUCACACUGGGGAGAAACCCUUUAAGUGCCUGGAGUGUGGAAAGAGCUUCACUCAGAGUGGAAUUCUACAUAGACAUCAAAGGAUUCACACUGGGGAGAAACCCUUUAAAUGCCUGGAGUGUGGACAGAGCUUCACUGAGAAUGGAAAUCUACGUAAACAUCAAAGGAUUCACACUGGGGAGAAAUCCUAUACAUGCCUAGAGUGUGGAAAGAGCUUCACUGAGAGUGGAAUUCUACGUUCACAUCAAAGGACGCACACUGGGGAGAAGCCCUAUAAAUGCCUGGAGUGUGGAAAGAGUUUCACUGAGAGUGGAAUUCUACGUAGACAUCAAAGGAUUCACACUGGGGAAAAACCCUAUACAUGCCUAGAGUGUAGACAGUCCUUCAGUAGCAGUGAACAUCUACGUAGACAUCAAAGGACUCACACUGGGGAGAAACCCUUUAAGUGCCUGGAAUGUGGACAGAGCUUCACUGAGAAUGGAAGUUUACGUUCACAUCAAAGGAUUCACACUGGGGAGAAACCCUUUAAAUGCCUGGAGUGUGGACAGAGCUUCACUCAGAAUGGAAGUCUACGUUCACAUCAAAGGAUUCACACUGGGGAGAAACCCUUUAAAUGCCUGGAGUGUGGAAAGAGUUUCACUUGGAGUUCACAUCUACGUAAACAUCAAUGGACUCACAUUGGGGAGAAACCCUUUAAAUGCCUGGAGUGUGGACAGAGCUUCACUCAGAGUGGACUUCUACGUUCACAUCAAAGGAUUCACACUGGGGAGAAACCCUAUACAUGCCUGGAGUGUGGAAAGAGUUUUGCUUGGAGUAAAAACCUACGUUCACAUCAAAAGACUCACACAGGGGAGAAACCCUAUAAAUGCUUGGAGUGUGGACAGAGCUUCACUGACAAUGGAGGUCUACGUAGACAUGAAAGGAUUCACACUGGGGAGAAACCCUAUAAAUGCCUGGAGUGUGGAAAGAGUUUUGCUUGGAGUUCACUUCUGCGUUCACAUCAAAGGACUCACACUGGGGAGAAACCCCAUACAUGCCUGGAGUGUGGAAAGAGUUUUGCUUGGAGUAAAAACCUGCGUUCACAUCAAAAGACACACUGGGGAGAAACCCUAUACAUGCCUGGAGUGUGGACAGAGCUUUGCCCUGAGUGGAGAUCUACACACACAUCCGAGGACUCACUCUGGGGAGAAACCCUGUGCAUGCCUGGAGUGUCGACAGAGCGUUGCCCUGAGUGGAGAUUUACACACACACCUGAGGACUCACAUUGGGGAGAAACCCUGUGCAUGCCUGGAGUGUCUACAGAGCUUCAGUGAGACUGGAAAUCUACAUAUAGACAUCAAAGGACUCACACUGGGGAGAAACCUGAUAAAUGCCUAGGGAGUGGAGAGAGCUUCACUCAGAAUGGAAGUAUACAUACACUUCAAAGGAUUCACGUUGGGGAGAAACCCUAUGCAUGCCUAGAGAGUGGACAAAGCUUCAGGCGCAGCUCAGGUCUAGGUUCACAUCAGUGAACUCACCCUGGGGAGAAACCCUAUGGCAUAUGAAAAGAGCUUCUUGGAGAGUUGAAGUCUACGUAGACACGGAAUUCACAUUGGAGAGAACAGUGGUAUCUGGCCCCAGAGACACUCUCUAUAAGAGAGUUUUCCAAACUUUUCAUGUUGCUGAUACCCUUUUUCGACAUACAUCGUUUUGUGACGAUAAUUCGGUUUAACUGGCAUCCUGGAGGUUAAGAUAAAGGUAAAGGUCAAGGUUUCCCCCUGAUUUUAAGUCCAGUCGUGUCCGACUCUGGGACUCUGUGCUCAUCUCCAUUCCUAAGCUGAAGAGCUGGCGUGGUCUGUUGACACCUCCAAGGUCAUGUGGCCGGCGUGACUGCAUGGAUUGCCGUUACUUUUCCGUCAGAACGGUACCUAUUGGUCUACUCACAUUUGCAUGUUUUCAAACUGGUAGGUUGGCAGAAGGUAGGGCUACCAGCGGGAGCUCUCCCUGCUCCCUGGAUUCAAACCUUCUCAGUGGUGGCCCCUUGACUCUGGAACUCACUUCCCAAGGACAUCAGACAUGCCCCAACUUUGGCAGUCUUUAGGAGGAGCCUGAAAACAUGGUUGUUCCAGUGUGCCAUCCCAGAAUAAGGAAACUCUUGGCAAUAUGUCCUUUAAACGCACUUUAUCAUUGAUUUAGGAUUGCAUGUGCACCCUCAUCUCUCUCUGAAACUCUAUCCCAGUUAUAUUCCACCUUGCUCGUGUCCAGCUUUAUUUCUUAAAUUUUAAUUAUUACAUUUGGCCCAGCCUUAGGUUUUAAAUGUUUGUUGUCCUACUGUUAAUGCAAUUCUUUAUUUUUGUCUAUGAGAUUUAUUUUAAUUUUUGUAUUGAUUGUUAAUGCUUUUAUUAUUGCUUUUAUCAUUGAUGUGUUGUUGGCUCGGCCUCAUGUAGGCCGCACCGAGUCCCUUGGGGAGAUGGUAGCGGGGUAUAAAUAAAGUUUUAUUAUUAUUAUAAACCUGCAACCUUUUGUUUAGCAAGUUCAGCAGCUCAGCGGUUUAACACAGCUGGUUAAUCACCUGCAAUAAAUCACUGCCAAAUGAAAGGUGAUGUUGCAACCCAGAGCAGGAAAUGAGGCCCUAAGAUAACCAUCCACCACACUUGACUGGGAAAAAACAAUCCUUUUUCAUUGAUAAAAAAUGGUUACAAAAUAAAGGAAAAAUGCAAAGUCAAAAGCCACAGCAAAAUCAGCAAACAUGAAUGUCCAUGAACAAGAUCAAAAACCCAAAGCCACACUGUAAAUACUGGAACCUGUUAGCAAUCCACUAACCGUACUUGGUGUCCUAGAAAUCUCUCAAGACGAUGGCCAGAGGAACCGGGAGAACUGCCAAGGUCUUCAUCAAUCUAAAACGAUGCCUGAACUGAGAAAGUCAGCCCGGCGGAAGGCACUUAAAGCCAAGGAAUUGGUUUCGUGAUACGCCUCCCUGCUUUGAAGUCCUUGUUUGUUUUUCUUUUAAUCUGGAAGACCUUCGCAAGCUGAGUGAUUUACUCUUGUCUUGCCAGAUCUGGCCCCUUCUAUUCUCAUUAAGGUUCCCAGGUGCAGAAGGGAGUGAAAGGUCAUGGCUUCCCUCUGAAACAUUCUCAUGAACACUGGUACUUUCAUUUUCCAAAUCUACAGAAGUUGCUUCCUCACUAAUUUCAGGAGCAUUGUCACUAAUUUCAGGAUCAUUGACAUCAAGAAGUACAUUUUCAUUAGCAUCAGGAAGUACAUUUCCACUAGCAUCAGUAAAUAUAUUUUCAUUAGCAUCAGGAGGUACAAACAGAGAAUCAGGUUCAAACUCAGGCUGAACCCCAACAGUUUGAAGUUUGAAGCCUGAGUCAGGGUUGGGCUCCUGACUGUUAAAUAGCCCAGCUUACUCUUCACCUAAGCAGCUGUGCUGUGAGUAGAGAAAUUAAGGACUGCUUAAAGUGAGGAGGUUAAUUUAUGACAUUUAUAAAAAUGCCGGAGAGUAAGGAGGAAAUGCUACAAUCAAAAGGCCUGGUGUCAUAGUGGAUGAAGUGACAGCUCUCCCUAUGGCUGCAUUGAGCAACCUCCAGGACCCGAAGUGGAAGAAACUCCUGAAUGACCUCUGUAUUGUAUGUAAAAAACGGCAUUGAAUGUUUGCCGUGUAUGUGUGCAUUGUACUCCAUCCUGAGUGAGAAGGGCAGAAUAUAAAUACUGUAAAUAAAUAAAAAAAUAACAAUGGCAAACAUUUGAAGCCUAAAUAAAAACACACAAUACUAACAUAAAAUCCCAGAAAAACCCCACAUAUGUGUUAAUGUAAGAUUAAUGUAAUGUGAAUGUUUAAAUGUAAUUUUGUACUAUGCCUGUGAAUGUAACCUAAUUGCAUCAGCAGAGAGUGUAUGGACUCUGAAAGGGUUAAUCAGUCAAGCCGCUAAUGAACUGUGAAGUUGUGACCCUGAGUGUGCCAGGUACACGUAGGGAGGAUCCAGAAAUAAGAUUUCGUUCGUCCUUCUUACUUCAGUGUUCUUUUGUCUUGUUCCUGUCUGGUUGGUUGGAUGUCAAUGCGAGUGUGUGCUGUAUAUUUGCUCUACUCCGUAAAGCUAUAUGUUUGCUUUUACUGAAGUCUCAAAGUGUCCAUUCUUCUAAGCUUCGAAGCUUCUGUCGCACUCUGAAAAUAUGAAAGUAACAUUAAAACCUAACCUCCAAUUAAAGCCUAACAUCAGUAAAUUAAACUUAAAAUUAUAUAAUAUAAAUCUAAAUAAAACAUCUGUUACAGUAAGUUGUAGCAGGACCAAGUCUCUCUGUGUGUGUGUUUGUGUGUGUGUGUGUGUGUUGAAGAAAAACCUUAUGAUGUUAAUUAUUAUGUGCAGCUGGUAAUGUAGGUCAACUAGCAAUCUUGGACCACACCCGAUACGGUAUGACUGUAUGAGUUUUUAGAAUACAGUUCUGGAGAGCUUUUUCUCUGAGGAGAUCUGUGCUCAAAGGCUCUGCUCUGAGGAGCAGGUUGGAGAGAAGCCGUUAUGCUGCUCUAAAGGAGGCGAUGGUGGAAUCGCUGUUUGCUCAAGGUUUAUGUUUUGCUUUCUCAUUUGACUUAAGAUGAAGAUGCCUUGUUUUGUGGUAAUUACAAAGACUAUGUAAAUUUCUCUGGAACUUUCUGCCCCGGAGGGAGUGUGGU